GAACGAUCUGCACGCGGCCAUUUUGUGGGCGAAGGCAGUGCAGUGCUUUUCAGGCUUGUCCUGUUGGUUCGCAGUUAGGCGUUUGUCUUUUCUCUUUUAUUGUUGCAGGUCAACAAGAACGGCAUCAACGCGCCGAGACAUUUCAUCUCAACACAGUUGUCAUACUAAUAUCGCAUGUCCACUAUCCAGAACCUCCAAUCUUUCGAUCCCUUUGCUGAUGCAACUAAGGGUGACGACUUACUCCCGGCAGGGACUGAAGAAUACAUUCACAUAAGGAUACAGCAACGUAACGGCCGUAAAACGCUGACUACUGUUCAGGGAAUUGCAGAUGACUACGAUAAAAAGAAACUCGUAAAAGCUUUCAAAAAGAAAUUUGCUUGUAAUGGUACUGUGAUUGAACAUCCUGAAUACGGUGAAGUGAUCCAGCUUCAAGGUGAUCAGAGAAAGAACAUUUGCCAGUUCCUCCUUGAGGUUGGCAUUGUCAAAGAGGAGCAACUGAAGGUUCAUGGAUUUUAAAACUAUGCAAACAUUUUUGCAGUAAAGAUAUUUUUUCUUCAGGACUGGCCAACAGAAUAUACUGAACAAAAAAAAAAAAAAAAAAGUUAACACCAUUUGUUAAAUUGUAAUCCUACUGUAGGUUCAUCCUCUAGGAGAGCUGUCAUCCAGCCAGAGGUGACUGAAAGCUGUGAUUUUAGAUUUGAGUUCUGCAACACUAUCUACCCUUUGCAGGAGUUGUUUCUUUACCAGGAAUCUGAGUAGGUUAAGCUGAAACCUUUGCGGAUAAGCCAUGCCACACUGGAGAAGCCUGCUCACAAGUGAACGUAACCGUGCACUUGGCAUUUUGAAAAAUGGUUAUAUGCAGCAUCUGUAUGCCACCCCAGUGAAGGAGCACCAGUAUCCUGUGACCGCUUCCAGGAAGCAGAGAUUUGCAACAGGUCUGACCACACAACUUUGCAUAGCUACUCGAACCCGUGUAUCUCCACAGACGGUGCUACACCGAAUGAGACAAGCUAGACUAAUGGCAAACAGACCUGUAAGGCAUUCCUCAAGACUCAUGUCCCUUCCCGCUAAACAGAAGUGCCCUGCCAUGGCCAGAGCAAUCUCCUGACUUGUUCCCACUGGAGAGAGUUAGAUGCUGUCUUCACUUCUCCACACUGUAAUCCGAGACAAACCCUGCAGGUGGAGUGACAUGCCAUUCCUCUUUGUUGGGUCCAGGGACUCGUCACAAGAAUGUGAUGUUGCUGCACGGCCCGAGUUAUUUCGAAAGGUGGGCACACCCUGCAAGUGUGACUUCCAAAAUGCCCUGGUGACUGAAAUACUAUUGCAGUCGGCAGAGUAAUAGAGCUUCAGUUUUGAACUACAUGGUAAAAUGAACGUUUUCAUAUGUUGCAUACAACAAUAAACGUACAUUUGAUAUUUAGUACAUACAAAUGCCAAAUUGAGUGUUGCUAAACUUUUUUUUUUUUUUUUUUUUGUUCAGUGUAUCUUGGCUAUAUCAAACAUGCAUAUUUACAGUGAACGGACUUGUCACGUGUGAACAUUCAGUGUCUGAUGCCCAGUGUGCAUGAUUAUGAAAGAUGUGUUUCUUGUAGGCUGGUAAUGGAUAAGAACUGCAGUAAGAUGGGUACUUGAGCAAACUAGGCGCCCCCUUUUUUUUUUCUUUUUUGUUUUUAGAAGCCAUGUUUUAGUCCUGACCUGUUUUAAUUUCCACCCUUUUUAAUUUAAUGUGUUGAGCCAUGUUGUAUAAACAAAUUUGCAAAUAAAAUCAGGUGUGAAUUC